AUGACCGAUGGAGCUGAUUCAAGGCCCUCAGAUGGUCAAAAUAGUAUCGACAGGGCACGAAGAGCUUCUAUGGCACGACUAGCGUCAUCACCUGUUCCCCCUGGCAUUGCGAUCCUUCGUGGAUCUAAUCAUUCAACAAGGAAUUCACCUGUAUCAUCUCCUAUCAGACCGUCGAUACUGGAGACCAACUCCAUCUCUUCCAACUCUUCAGGCGGCCCAGCAGGAUUUGCGUUGGAGAAUGAUGAUGAGACACUAAAGACAGUGGCAAAGCACGUUCCUCAAUCUUCAAGCUCUCUUUUAUUACCCGGAGGUGAUGUUACGAGGGACAUCGUGCAAUCCACCAAGCCUAGUCGAUUGAAGAAGUCCCGAAGUUUGAGUAACACUAGUUCUUUUUUGGAUGGCGAACGAAGGGGAUCUGUAGCCUCUAGCAUAAACGUCCCUGGCGGAUUUCGACGUGAUUUCCUGCUUAGAAAACAUGAGCGAUAUGGACAUAAAAUGGUCCGACCAAAUCUCUUUACAAGAAACUUCCUUGAGUUCUUGUCCGUGUAUGGCCAUUUUGCAGGUGAAGACUUGGAGGAUGAAGAUUAUUUAGCAUGUAAUUAUGAGUUGUCUUCCGAUUCAACGCUGGACGAAGAAACUCCUCUGAUUGGGGGCAGGCAGAGGGAAAAGAAAGGCAAAGCUAGCACAUUGAAGUCGUUCUUUCUCUUAUUGAAGAGUUUUAUUGGAACAGGUGUUCUAUUUUUGCCGAAAGGCUUCUACAAUGGAGGAGUAUUAUUUUCAUGCGUGACCUUGAUUGUUUUCGGCAUAUUGUCAUGGUGGUGCUAUCUAAUAUUAGUCCAAAGUAAGGUGGCAACUGGUCUUUCUUCAUUUGGUGAAAUUGGCCUCAAGUUGUAUGGUAAGACCAUGGAACGUUUGAUCUUGUUUUCGAUCGUGGUAUCGCAAAUUGGUUUUGUUGCAGCCUACAUGGUGUUCACCUCCUCCAACCUUGAAGCUUUUGCCAACAGCGUCUUUGGCCAUGGAAUAGCAUCCAUGAAUUUUUUGACAAUAGUGCAAGUGCUCAUAUUGAUACCACUUUCCUUGAUUCGAAACAUUACGAAAUUGUCCCUUGCGUCUCUUUGUGCCAAUGCUUUCAUUUUCGUUGGACUCUUCCUUAUUGUGUGCUAUGCUGGUAAGCAUUUGGUUGAUAACGGAAUUGCAGAGGGUGUAGUCCUUUUCAAUGACCGCGGAUGGAGUCUUUUCGUGGGAGUGGCUAUAUUCGCCUUUGAAGGAAUUGGGUUAAUAAUUCCUGUGCACGAAUCUAUGGCAAACCCAAGUCAUUUCCCAAAAAUUCUACUUGCAGUCAUUUUAACAUGUUGCGGACUUUUUAUUGGAAUUGGAGCUUUAGGAUACUUGAGUUAUGGUCAUAAUACUAAUACUGUGGUGAUAUUGAAUCUUCCACAGGGUUCCAUUCUUGUGCAAGGUAUUCAGCUUUUAUAUGCAUUAGCCAUAAUGUUAUCUGAACCAUUGCAACUGUUUCCCGCAAUUCGAAUAAUCGAAACCAGACUUUUCAAAAGAGCCCCAAGCGGCAAAUAUGACCCUAAGGUCAAGUGGCUCAAAAACAUCUUCCGUAUGGUAUUUGUAGCCAUGACCGGUAUCAUUGCCAUAUAUGGGUCCGAGAAUUUAGAUCAAUUUGUUUCAUUUGUCGGAUGCUUCGCAUGUAUUCCGUUGGUGUACAUGUACUCACCAAUGCUGCAUUACAAGAGUGUUGCUCAAACAACUUUGUGGAAAGCUUUUGAUGUUGUAUUGGUACUUGUGGGAGGAAUUGCAAUGGUCUACACCACUUGGCAUCUUCUCCGGGAUGACUAG